AUGGCGCGGCCGCCCACGAGCCUCGGGUCGCAGGCACCGGACCGCGACCGAGGGGAGGCCAACGUGGUGACGCGGGUGUCGCAGUGGGCGGACAACCAUCUGCGCCUUGUCCAGAAUAUCAGCACUGGAAUGGCCAUAGCUGGGAUAAUAGUACUAACAAGGAGCCUUCGGCUGACAUCAAAAUUUACAACCCCUUCAGAUAUUCCAGCAGAAUUUAUAAGAAAGAAAGUUAAACUACGUGGCCGACUACAGCGGAUAACUGAGUGUGGUCUAGAAAUUGAACAUGUACCUAUUACUUUACCUUUCAUAUCUUCAUGGAAACGAGAACCAUGUGGAGUUCUGCUGGUUAAACUGGCUGGAGUAGAACUCACUGAAAGUGGUAAGGUGUGGUUACAGAAGGAGCUGAAACCCUCCCAGCUGCUAUGGUUCCAGCUCCUUGGAAAGGAGAACUCAGCACUCUUUUGCUACCUUUUAGUGAACAAGGGUGGAUAUUUUAACGUGAAUCUGAAUGAGGAGAUAUUGAGAAGAGGCUUGGGCAAAACUGUCCUUGUUAAAGGGUUAAAUUACGACUCAAAAACCCACUGGAAAAUUCACAGAAAGUUACUUAAAGCUGAAUUGACGGCCUUAAAGAAAGGAGAAGGAAUAUGGAAGGAAGAGUCUGAAAAAGAAAGUUAUUUUAGAAAACUGAAAGAUUCCUGGAGAGAAAGAUGGACAAAGGACAAUGAUUUAAAAACAACUGGACCGGGUCUCAGCUCCACCAAAGAAGGUUAUUAUGACAGCCUAUGCAGGGCUUAUGGAAACUGCAAGGACAGCAUCAGCAACUACUCUUUAGUUCUGAAACUCAGAGAAUUUGUGAGCCGCUUACAUUUUCGGAGGAAAGGAUGAAGUGACUGGAACUGUGUGAGCACUUUUCAUUGAGUCAAAAUAGAAAUUCCCUCAGGCAAUCAAAAUCCAAGCCUCGUGGUACUUAGAACCAAUGCUAACAUCAGAAUCAAUUUGAAUGAAUUAUGAUCGAUGUAAUAUACUUUUAGAAAGAAUGACACACUGUAAAAAGUUACCAGGAAGAAGAAUGUAUAUAUGUAGAACUAAUAUUUUGUCUUUUUCUUCUUUCUCCCCACUCCCUAGUGCCAGGGAUUGAACUCAGGCACUCUGGUCUGGCAGCACCAUUACUGAGCUGUAUUCCUAGCCCUAUAGUGCUAAUGUCUGAAGAGAAAGUUUAAGUAUUGAUGAUUAUAUUAGUUAUUUGGGGCAGCCAUAUUUAACAUUUAUUUUUCAGUUUUAUCAACUUUAUAAUAAAGAAAUUUAAAAAACUUUUUUUUUCCUUUCUGAGGUCAC